AAAAACUUAAGCAAUCAACUCCUCAAACCAUCCCACAUGUUUCUUUAAAACAUCUCUAUAUGUAAUUUUAGGAUUUUUUUUUUUUUUUUUUUGAGAUCUUAUUAUAGAGAGGAAAAAAAAUCGUUAUUGAUCGAGGCGAAAUUACGAGAAUGGGCUUACGAGACAUUGGAGCAAGUCUUCCUCCUGGGUUUAGGUUUUAUCCAAGUGAUGAGGAGUUAGUAUGUCAUUAUUUGUACAAAAAAAUCACAAAUGAAGAAGCUUUGAAUGGAACUUUGGUUGAAAUUGACUUGCAUACUUGUGAGCCAUGGCAGCUUCCUGAGGUGGCAAAGCUAAAUGGGAAGGAAUGGUAUUUCUUCAGCUUUAGGGAUAGAAAAUAUGGAAAAGGAGAGAGAGCAAACCGUGCAACAAUCGAAGGAUAUUGGAAAGCAACUGGAAAAGAUAGAAUGGUAAAGAAUCCAAAAAGUGGUGAAGUUAUGGGGAUGAGGAAAACUUUGGUAUUCUACAGAAAAAGAGCUCCAAAUGGCAUCAAAACUCCUUGGAUUAUGCAUGAAUUUCGUAUUCAAAACCCUCGUUUACCUCCAAAGGAGGACUGGGUUCUGUGUAGAGUUUUUCAUAAGAGCAAGCGCGACGAGAUCACCAUGGAAAUAACACCGAUCAACCGGGGGUUCGAUACGUUGCCACCCGCCUCUGCUUCAUCGUUGUUGUGUUCGCCAUUGAGCUACAUCCAGUUUCCCCCUGCAGCGGACACCAAUAAGUUGCCAUGGAACAACAUCAAUAACAAUGUAGAAGUAGCUGAAGGCAUUAGGUUAAAUGAAGUUGAUCAUGAUUAUUCAACCAUACAACAAAUGAAGUUUGAGAUUGAAGAUAGCAUCCAAAAUGACUUUUUCCCUUUCGAGUAUUUUAUUGCUUGAUGAUGAAUAAAAAAAAAAAAAAAUAGUUGUAUUCAAUCAUUCAAAAUGAGGAAAGAAAAACAAGAGAAACACCUCAAAAGUUUGGUUGAUUAUUUGCUAUUUUAAUAGUGUUUGGUAAGUUUUACUUGUUUGUGUUUUGUAAUAUUUUAUGUGAAGUCAUGUGUUCAAAUUGUUCCAUUGGAUUAAAGGUUAUAUAGGUUAUUAACA